AAUUCUAUAAUUAUCAUCUGUUAUAUAGCUUGUCAAUCUUUGUUAGGUAAAGUUCGAUUGGCUUAUAAUCUCCUAAAACUUCAAAAGCAAAAUUAACCUAUUUCUUCCAUCUAUUUAAUGAUAAUUUGAAUUGAAUUCAAUCACCUCCAAGCUCACAAAUAUAAUUAAUUGACUCGACAACUUAAUAAGGUAAAAUUCUAUUAAUUCAUCAUCUCAAAAACUAUAAAUACGUAGCAAUUUUUUUUUUUUUUUUUUUAUUAUUUCUUUCCAUCACUCAUCCUAUCUUCCAAAUAUAGAGAAUAGGAGAUCAAAUUUUAUAUUUCCAUUUCCCAAAAAAAAAAAAAAAAAAAGAAAAAGAAAAAAAAAAGAAAAUUAUUACCGCUUUAGGUGUACAAUAGCAUUAUUCGGCUACCUAUUCUAUCAUACGCCUUCUCAUCUAGUAUUGAAAUACAGAAGAUAAACCCCCCCAAAACCACCAAGCUUCAACAAUGGCGAUUACAGGAAAAAUGGCUGCAUUUUCUCUCUCCAAAACCAUCCCUCCUCUCUCUCCUCUGCAGCAAACUUCUCGAAGUUUCUCUGUUUCUCUCACUCUCUCUCCUCCUCAAAUUUCUCCUUUUCGCUCCAAUUCUUUCCAUAAACCUUCCCUAAACCUCCAUUUUCGACCUUCUGUUCUUCGCUCGCCGUCCAACAAUGGUGGAAUUGGUGAAAACGAUGAACCAGAACAAGAAGAAGUCAGUGAUUAUGAUGAUGAUGAAGUUGAGGAGGAGGAGGAAAUUUUCGAUUACGAAGGUUAUCAAAGUGAGGGAAGUGAUGCGGAUUUCAUCAUUGAUGAAGAAGAGCUUGAAGCUGAAGCUAGGGCUGUUGUUCGCGAAUUUUCGACGUCUUUGUCUCGUGAAUUGAAGAUUGAGGAAGACGGGACGAAUCGUGGUAAAGAAGCGGGAGGAAAACAGCAACGACAGAAAACUGUACCUAAGAAUAUACCAGACCAUCUUCUUCCAAAGGUUGCAAUUUUCGGAAGGCCAAAUGUUGGUAAAUCAGCGUUGUUUAAUCGUCUAGUGGGGGGUAACAAAGCAAUUGUGGUGGAUGAGCCUGGGGUUACUAGGGACCGUUUGUAUGGAAGGUCUUUUUGGGGAGACCAUGAAUUCAUGGUCAUAGAUACUGGAGGAGUUGUGUCAUUAUCCAAAUCACAGGAAGAUGUUGUAGAGGACUUGAAUGUAUCCACAACUAUUGGUAUGGAGGGAAUCCCAUUGGCUGCUAGGGAGGCCGCUGUGGCUAGAAUGCCUUCUCAAAUUGAGAGACAAGCAGCUAUAGCUGUUGAAGAGUCAUCAGUGAUCAUAUUUGUCGUUGAUGGUCAGGCUGGCCUAACUGCAGGUGAUGUGGAAAUAGCUGAUUGGCUACGUAAAAACUAUUCAAAGAAAAAUACUAUACUUGCUGUUAACAAAUGUGAAUCUCCCAGUAAAGGGCUAGCACAGGUAUCGGAGUUUUGGUCUUUGGGGUUAUCUCCUAUUCCUGUAUCUGCAAUCUCUGGAAGUGGAACUGGGGAGCUCCUUGAUCUCGUUUGUUCAGGGUUGACAAAAAUUGAGGAGCCUGUUGAUCUUGAAGAAGAGGAAAAUUACAUCCCUGCUAUUGCAAUUGUAGGCAGACCAAAUGUUGGAAAAAGCAGCAUAUUAAAUGCAUUAGUUGGGGAGGACAGGACUGUUGUGAGUCCUGUUAGUGGUACUACUCGUGAUGCUAUCGAUACUGAAUUUGCAGCACCAGAUGGACAGAAGUUCCGGCUUAUUGAUACUGCUGGAAUCCGAAGAAAAUCGGCUGUAGCAUCAUCGGGGAGCAUCACUGAGGGUUUAUCUGUCAAUCGAGCUUUUCGUGCUAUUCGUCGCUCUGAUGUUGUUGCUCUCGUCAUUGAGGCAAUGGCCUGUAUAACAGAACAGGACUACAAGAUUGCAGAACGAAUUGAAAUGGAAGGAAAGGGCUGUUUGAUUGUCGUGAAUAAAUGGGAUACAAUACCAAAUAAGAACCAGCAGACAGCAGUGUUGUAUGAGCAAGAUGUUAGACAGAAGAUUCGCAGUCUUCAUUGGGCACCCAUUGUUUAUGCUGCUGCAAUAUCUGGUCAAAGUGUUGAUAAGAUCAUUGUUGCUGCCAGCAUAGUAGAGAAAGAAAGGUCAAGAAGGCUAAGUACGGCCACAUUGAAUCAAGUUGUCCGAGAGGCUGUGGCUUUUAAAGCUCCACCAAGAACUCGAGCAGGGAAGAGGGGGCGUGUAUAUUAUUGCACACAGGCUGCUAUCCGGCCUCCCACAUUUGUUUUCUUCGUCAAUGAUGCAAAGCUCUUCCCUGAGACUUAUCGUCGCUAUAUGGAGAAGCAAUUGCGUUCAGAUGCUGGAUUUGCUGGUACACCAAUUCGACUUUUAUGGCGCAGCAGAAGGAAAACUGUCAAAGAUGCAGGAAGCAGCCGAAGCACAUCAACGAAGACGCGGGUAAAACUUCCAAGCAAUAAAAAUCAAAGAAAAGAAGUUGCAACUGUAUAAUAUUGUUCGUUAGACAAGCUUUGGACAUCCUAACUAUCAGCAUCGGUGAGAGCUGUAUUGAAGAAUUUUAGAUUGGUGGUCCAGCUGAAGAUCUAAAGAAAAAAGACCAACCGUUGAAUUGCUCUGAAUCCUUACUUUCCUUAUGGCACUAUUUUCAUGGCAUUCAACGCGUCGCCUCAUACGUGAUUAUGAAGCCUUUAAUAUUACAGAAAUUCCGCUGAGAUCGUUAAUGUAUCUCAUGAUAGGGUGUAUCGUAAUCAAAGAGUUCUGGUGAGGUACUGAGGUUGGUGCCGUGGGGAAGCUUAUUAAUGGUGGCGUAGCUGUUACUAUCAUUAUCUCUGGAUUUGUCUAUAGCUUAUGUUGUAUAGUAGUUAUCUGUCAACAAUUUAUUGUUCUUACAACUUUGAACUACAUUAACGAGUUAAUGUAGCAUUUAAAUGAGCCAUAUGGAGCAGAGUAUAGUUCAGACCUUUUGAUGGAGAUAUCUGAAAGUGAACCUCAGGGCUUGGGAUAAAUUUGGUAAGAAUUAAGAUGCAUUAUUACCUUUCAAUUUUCAUAUUAACAUAACAAGUGAUCCAAAAUGAAAAGAACACUGGCGCUUCGGGUAAGAAACAAAAAGCCAAUUAAAUUGAAUUCAGUUUUAGGAGUCACAUUA